AUGGCUGAUCAAUCCGCUGCCUGGCCCUUGGCCGACGAUGCUCUUCAGCAGGAGAUCCUGGACUUGGUCCAGCAGUGCCAGCACUACCGCCAGCUGAAGAAGGGCGCCAACGAAGCCACCAAGACCCUCAACCGUGGUGUCUCCGAGCUCAUCAUCCUCGCGGCUGAUACCAACCCUCUCAGCAUCGUUCUUCACCUGCCUCUCCUCUCUGAGGACAAGAACGUUCCCUACGUCUACGUCAAGUCCAAGACCGCCCUUGGUCGUGCCUGUGGUGUCUCUCGCGCUGUCAUUGCUGCCAGCAUCACCUCCAACGAGGGCAGCGAGCUCGCUGGACCCAUUCGCGCUCUCCGCGACAAGAUCGAGAGACUUGCCAUCUAA